AUAUAUUAUUCGAAAAUGACGAAUAUAAUUUUCACUAGCACACUGAUCCUGUCAUUCGUAAAGAUAAUUAUGAUGCAGAGUGCUGUUCAACGGAUACCACUAUCAGCCCAUGAACCAGGUAUAACAUCUCUUGAAUUCGGUGGAAUAGCCUUCUCUUUACUUAAAAAUUUUUCAUUAAAAAUUCAAUAUAAGAAUUGUUCAACUCUCAUGGAUCUUUCACCUGUAACGCCAAAGGAGAAUUCAACUAGGAAAGGUACACGUACUGUUUAUGAUGAUUGUGUAAGACGCAAAAGAAAAUCUCACAGAAGAUCAUCUACCAAAAAGAAAGCUGAUCGGAAAGAUUAACAAAUGAACGAAGGAUAUACAACGUGAACUACGAACGCGCCCAGGCCCGUAUGUGUCGACACAUCUCACAAACCACUCAUAAUUAUGUGAAUAAAUCUUCGGAUUACACUUUUAUAUUUAAU